GAUCCUGAAUGAGUUCCUGAGAUCAUUCUUAAACACAAAGUCACAAUGUGGUCUUCGUCUGUGCAAACAGACCCAGAUUCAGCUGGCUUCUCACCGCCGGGCCUAUCUCUUGCAGAUUAUUGGAACCAUUCCACUGAUGCCUAACCCAGGGCCUUCGAGUCAAGCAGCAAGUGGCACUCAGGGCCUUCAAGUACAGCCUAUCACGCCCCAGCUCCUAACAAAUGCCCAGGGCCAGAUCAUUGCCACGGUCAUCGGAAACCAAAUCUUGCCUGUGAUCAACACCCAGGGUAUCACCCUGUCGCCCAUCAAGCCUGGCCAGCAGCUUCACCAAUCUUCCCAGACAUCAGUGGGUCAAGCAGGCACCCAAGGCAACCUUCUGCACCUGGCUCAUGGCCAAGCAUCCACAUCUCAAAGUCCCGUGCGACAGGCUUCUUCUUCCUCCUCCUCAUCCUCCUCUUCUUCAGCUUUGAGCGUGGGCCAGUUAGUCAGCAGUAAGUAUCCUUUCUGGCUCCAUCUAAUCAUGGUUGGACAACUUCUACAAAAGGACCACCACUUCUUCCUCUAUUCAGAGAAACUCUACCCUAGGUUUCUGGAUCCUCAAACCGCAGCGGGUGAGGUGGACGGGGUUAAUCUGGAGGAGAUUCGAGAAUUUGCCAAAGCUUUUAAAAUCCGGCGCCUGUCCCUUGGCCUGACGCAGACUCAGGUGGGACAAGCCCUCAGUGCCACAGAGGGCCCCGCAUACAGCCAGUCAGCCAUCUGCAGACACACCAUCCUGAGAAGCCACUUUUUCCUACCACAGGAAGCCCAAGAGAACACUAUAGCUAGCAGUCUGACAGCCAAACUGAACCCUGGCCUUUUGUAUCCUGCCAGGUUUGAAAAGCUGGACAUCACCCCUAAAAGUGCCCAGAAGAUCAAGCCGGUGCUUGAGCGGUGGAUGGCUGAGGCUGAGGCCCGCCAUCGAGCAGGUAUGCAGAACCUCACGGAGUUUAUUGGGAGUGAGCCAUCCAAAAAGCGCAAGCGGCGCACCUCCUUCACACCCCAGGCCCUUGAGAUCCUCAAUGCCCACUUUGAGAAGAACACACACCCCUCAGGGCAGGAAAUGACCGAGAUUGCUGAGAAGCUUAACUAUGACCGGGAAGUAGUUAGAGUUUGGUUCUGCAACAAGAGACAAGCCCUGAAGAACACAAUUAAGCGCUUAAAACAACACGAGCCCACUUCGGCGGUCCCCCUGGAGCCCUUAGCGGACUCUCCCGAGGAAAACUGCUAGACACACCCACCCGUGGUCGGAAGGAAGCGCCACAGAAACUAAACACUACCCUGAAUCUCCACAAAAAAAGAAAGGAAGGAAGGAAGGAAGGAAGAAGAAAGGCUUUAAAGACACCCUCAAUCAUCAUCUCCCUUGUAUGUAAAAGACUAAAAAAGAGAAAAAGAAAAAGAAAAGGAAAAAAAACAAAACUACCAAAUGGGCAGAAUGGUUUAUACAUGUCCGUUGGUUUUCCAAAAGGAAAAAGAAAAGGAAAUUUUAAAUUUUUAAACAAGAAAUACACCCCACGGAAGGAGUAUGGAUUGUUCCCUCCCUAACCUGUCUCCCUAAAGCCAGUUUUUUAAAGCAAACCAAAUAUCCACUUACUUUUUUCUGUAUAUGAUGAAAAUGUGAACACCUUUUAAGGAAAAAGAAAAAAACUAAGCCAAAAAAAAAACGAAACAAAAAAACCACCACCACAAACUUGUAUCUGUUCAAAGCGAAUGCAAGCCUGCCACCUGGAGGAAUACCUGCAUCCCUUCAGGGCCUAAGUGCUGAUCACUGCAAAACCUAUUAACCAAAGUCGGAAACACUGCAAAUGCUGUUGCUCGUCUACUCGCCUCUGCGUGGAAAGUUGUUAUCAGUUUUUACAUUUGUACCAACAGAAAAGUAGGACGCCUGCUUUCUCCCACCUUUCUCUCUUGUCUCUGCCACCAGGGUGGGUGCCAUCGUUGGAAUCAUUCUGUAUGGCUCACUCUCUGUCAAUUUGCUUCUUAGCAGAAGUAUUUUUUUUUCCAGCCCUGAAUUGUGUUAUUUCCUAUUGUUUUGUUUUGUUUUAUGUAUGUGUGUGUGUGUAGGAGGGGGAGCAACCUGGAUUGUGUGCCAAAGCAUUCGUGGCUUUCUUCUCACUAGGAGUUGUAGGUUUGAGAAAGAAAACGGAGCUCACACCUCCCUUUCUUGACGGUUUCUCCACCUCCCUCUCAUGUGGCUCCCGGGAUCUUCUGGAAGGUAGCAGAAGUGGGAAGAAACAGUGCAUUUUCCACUCUGAUCCUGCAGAGAUGCAGGAAGGACUCCAGAAUAAUUAGGGCUUUGCUGGGUGACUGUCAACACCAGCAGAGGCUAUAAUUGUGCUCACGGUCUAAACCAGAGAUUGGGAUUUUUCUCAGUCUACUAGCCACACAAGUGGAGAGCUGAUCUAAACUAAUUCUGUAAUAUAAACAUAAGCUGCACAUAUGGUUCAUUACUUACAUUCGUGUUUUGCUUCUGUUCAAAGCAAUUUUUCUCAGAAGUCUGAUAGCCAAAGAAAUGUCUCAAGGUUUCAGUAAGUGCGCGCGCGCGCGCACACACACACACACACACACACACACACACACACACAAGCAUGUUCAUAUCCAUCCACCUCACACAAAGAGACAGGCCACAAAGAAAAUGACGGUGACCUAGAUUGUUAGAGGCUGCCAAAUAUCCUGUUAGCCUCACCUUGUCUGUGACUUCCUUCAGCAGACAGUGUUGGCAGACAUUUGGAGCUGGGAUACACCUGUUCUUGGAAUAUAUAAAUGGGGCAGAAAUGUGACAGGCAAAUUUAAGCAAUUGGAAUUGGGCUCUGACUUCUUGACUAGAAAAGAAGUUUUAGCAACCAAGUUUCUCCAAGAAAA